AUGCCAAAAGCCCUCUUCGCUUGGGAGAUGGGGGGCGGCCUCGGCCACGCCGGCCCCCUGCGGGCCGUCGGCGCCGAACUCGUCCGGCGCGGCGACGCCGUUACGCUCGCAACGACGAACGUCCCCCUCUGCGAGCAAGCGUUCGUCGGCUCUGGCGUGGGCCUCAUCCCCGCGCCAAGCCUGCCCUUCUCAGAGAAGCAGCUCCGAGCCCCCUGCACGUUCAGCGACGUCCUGCACGACUGCGGCUACUCGUUGCCGGCCAGGGUUACUGAGGCGGUUGGCCAGUGGCUGCGGAUCAUCGAUGAGUUGCGGCCUGACCGCCUGCUAGCCGACUACAGCCCGACAGCGAUGCUCGCCGCCCGCAUCCGCGGCGUCCGCACGACCGUCUUCGGCACGGGGUUCACCUGUCCGCCCGACAUUACGCCGCUGCCGAGCCUCCACGAACAGGUGACCGAGCCCCACUGGGCCGCUGAAGUCGAGGCUGCGGUACUCACCAGCAUGAACGCGGCGCUUGGAGCCCACGGCGGCCGGUCGUUGAACUACGUCGCUCAGCUGUAUGCCGACGCCGACAGCCAACUCCUCCUGACGCUGCCCGAGCUGGACCAUUACCCCAAUCGAGAACAAGGAGAAUACGUGCGGCCUUUUGGGACGUUGCCAGCAACACACGCGGCCUGGCCCGAAAGCUCACAGGGCCCGCGGGUGUUCGUCUACCUCCGCAACGAGCCCUCCACGGAGCCGCUGCUGCGUGGUCUCGCGAUGAAGGGGAUUACAACGAUCGCCUACGUCUACGGACUCUCUAGGGCGUGUGUCGAUGCACUGUCGGGGAGCAGCGUGAGGGUCUAUUCAAAUCCGAUCGACCUGCAGCCUCUUUUGGAAAGCUGCGAUGUCGCGGUGCUCAAUGGCGGACAUGUCGCUGCGUGCGACUUAUUGCUUGCGGGAACUCCGAUGCUGACGAUCCCGCUGACUCUCGAACAAGCGGCAACCGCCCGUCGGAUCCGCGAAAACGGGGCCGGGCUCGACGCCUCAGUCUACGACCUGAAUGCGAUCGGCUAUGCACUCGAGAAGCUGAUCGGCGAUGCCAGCUACACCGAAGCAGCAAGGGCGAUUGCAA